CUGAAGUGGAUGGCGAGAUCUCCGUUUAGCACUCGCAGCGAAUUAUCAUGCAUGCACGGCAAGGCAGCGGUGAACCCGCGCAAUUAGCGCCCGCGGGCCGCCCGUGUCAUUUAGCCACUUGCUAACUUUACAUUCCAAAUCCCCAAAGGUGACUCGGGGGGGCUUAAACAAAGUCCCCGCUGCCCAUUUAACACUUGCGCGGCCACAUAACGCUACCGGCAACAGCAGCCGGACGCUUUCAUCUCGGUGCCAACGUGACUUUUUUUUUUUUUCUUAACGCUCGUCACAUGAACGGCGGCAAUAUGAUCCUCCGGCUUCAUGAGAAGCUGAGUCAUAACUGUUGAGUGGAAGAAUUAGCUUGAGCGGGUUCGGAUUUCUCACACCGAAACACCCCGAGAUUGCCGCAUGAUACCGGCAAAGCCCUACGAGUCUUGAUAGCAAAGGGCAUUGGUAUCAAGGAAGUGUGUGAAAUUGCUGCAUCCCAACGGAGACAGAAGCAUGCAUUGUAUGUUCGGGAGGAGUCUGGGUCGUUAGCGGAAAAUAGCGAGAGCGAGAGAUUCUCAAAUUAAUUCAUCUCAAGAUACUCAAGUGUAAUGUACGUUUAGUUGAAAUUAUAGUUUAAGAUAGGGCGGCACGGUGGAGCAGCUGGAAAGCGUUGGCCUCACAGUUCUGAGGACACGGGUUCGAUCCCAGCCCCGCCUGUGUGGAGUUUCCAUCUUCUCCGGGCACUCCUGUUUCCUCCCACAUCCCAAAAACAUUAAUUGGACGCUCUAAAUUGCCCAUAGGUGUGAUUGUGAGUGCGGCUGUUUGUCUCCAUGUGCCCUGCGAUUGGCUGGCGACCAGUUCAAGGUGUAACCCGCUUCCUGCCCGUUGAGAGCUGGGAUAGGCUCCAGCACUCCCGUGACCCUUGUGAGGAUAAGCGGCUAAGAAAAUAGAUUUAAUGUCGUCGGCGCGAGGGGAGCAGUCGGCCGUCUCUGAGCUCCGAUGCCGGUGGACAUGCAGCCGCACCAGGCGCUGUAUCACUAUGACACCUCGCCCGGACAGCCCUCCAGAGGCUUUCUGCCGCCGGACCAGUCUCCGUACAGCGAUGCGGCCUCGCUGCGAGGCCCGCUCCUCAACGGCCCUCCUCAGGACUGCAGAGCCAUGUACAACCCCGUGACGCCCGGCGUGGGUCACGGAUCGGGACCGGCUCAGAGCGUCGGUCACUGCUUGGAUCAGUACAUGAGACCUCACCAGGCCCCGCCGCCCCUCGGCAUGAUGGGCCACCGCGGCGUGGCGUCCACGGAAGGCAACAGCGCCCCCUACUGUAACCAGAACAACAUGAUAUCCUCUCAUCACAACUUCUGCCAGUCCUCGGAUCAGAUUGGCUCAGGCGACGCCUCGAGGUUUUCCACGCCGCGCUCGAUGCUGAAGCUGAGUAAAAAGCGAGCGCUGUCCAUCUCCCCGCUGUCCGACCCCAGCGUGGACCUGCAGACGGUCAUCCGGACGUCGCCCAACUCCCUGGUGGCCUUCGUCAACGCCCGCUGCACGCCCAACGGGGCCGGCUCGUACGGCCAUCUGUCCGUCGGCGCCAUGAGUCCAUCGAUGGGCUAUUCCGGCAACACGAGCUGCCAGGCCAGGCCUCAGGGCUCCGUGUACGGAGGAGUCGGCGGGGGACCACCUCACCAACCGGGCCCGUGCCAGGCUUCCCGACUGCCCCCCCACAACCCUCGCGUCCACGCGCCGCCCAAACACGGACAACUAAAGACAGAGCCCGGGUUGGGAGUGGUGAUGGAUGGCAUGAACGUGAAGAGCCUGGAGGAGAGGUCAGAGGGAGACGUGGCCAGCCCUUCCUCCACCGGUACUCAGGACCCCCUCUUGGGCCUCCUGGACGGCCGGGACGACUUGGACAAGGAGGACGGCAAGCCCGAACCGGAGGCCGUCUACGAAACCAACUGCCACUGGGAGAGCUGCAACAAGGAGUUCGACACGCAGGACCAACUCGUUCACCACAUCAACAAUGAGCACAUCCACGGCGAGAAGAAGGAGUUUGUGUGCCACUGGCAGGAGUGUUCUCGCGAGCAGCGGCCGUUCAAGGCCCAGUACAUGCUCGUAGUUCACAUGCGCAGGCACACCGGAGAGAAGCCGCACAAGUGCACUUUCGAAGGCUGCAACAAGGCAUACUCUCGUCUGGAGAACCUAAAGACACACCUGCGCUCUCACACCGGGGAGAAACCCUACGUGUGCGAACACGAGGGCUGCAACAAGGCCUUCUCCAACGCCUCCGAUCGGGCUAAACACCAGAACAGAACCCACUCCAACGAGAAACCCUACGUUUGCAAGAUUCCCGGCUGCACCAAGCGGUACACGGACCCGAGCUCGUUACGAAAACACGUGAAGACGGUGCACGGGCCCGAAGCCCACAUCACCAAGAAGCACCGGGGCGACACGGGCCCUCGGCAGCCCGGCUCGGCCGUGAACGCCGGGGGGCCGGGUGCCGAACUGCUGCUGGAGAAGGAGGAGAAACGCCGGGAGGACUGCAAACUGAUGGCUCCCGAUAGCACUCUGAAAUCCCAGCCGAGCCCCGGCGGCCAGUCGUCCUGCAGCAGCGAACGCUCCCCGCUGGGCAGCACCAACAACAACGACAGCGGCGUAGAGAUGAACCUGAACGCGGCGGGCAGCCUGGAAGACCUGACGGCCCCAGAGGACGGCGCAACGGCCGGGGGAUGCGGGGGGGAGCCGGGGAGCGCGGCGGCGACCAUGGGAAUGUCGGCGCAGGCUCUCAAGAGGCUGGAGAACCUCAAGAUCGACAAGCUGAAGCAGAUCCGCCGACCGACGCCCCCCAGCCGUUGCCUCUCCAACAAGCUACCCAUGCUCCCUUGUUCAGGUGACGCCAUGGGAAUGUGCGCCCCAUCUCCGCUCUCAAAUCGCCGCGUCAUGGAGCUAUCCAACCACGAACUCGGAGGCGGGACCUCCAUCGGCGCCAACGCCAACGACCGGAGAGGUAGUGGGACGAGCAGCCUGAGCUCCGCCUACACCGUCAGCCGCCGCUCCUCCAUGGUGUCCCCCUACUUGUCCAGCCGCCGCUCCAGUGACAUCUCUCAGAUGGGCGCAGCAGCUGGGGGUGGAUGCCACCUCCUGGGCCAAGAUCAGAGCGGUGGGGAUCCCCUCUCCCCCGAGACCAGUCGUAGGUCAGCUCCCUGUCCGGGAAGUGUCGGGCUGCCAGCUCUGUCAAAUCUGACUCCGGCGCAGCAGUACAGUCUCAAGGCCAAGUAUGCCGCGGCCACUGGUGGCCCACCACCUACUCCGUUACCCGGUAUGGAUCAGCCAGCCACUGCCAGCAGAAGAGGUGGCGUUUUGGGCGACUACCAGGCUCAACCGCUCCCUCCUUUCCUUCAGCAAGUCGGUCCACGUCGGCUCAGUGCCAACACAGAGUACGGCACAGGCGUGAUCUACCCUCAUCAGGCUCCCGGAAACACCAAUAGGAGGGCUAGUGAUCCGGUAAGAUCAUCAGCAGCAAACCCCUUAGCUCUCCCGAAACGGUUCAACAGCCUCAAUAACGUAUCCAUGAUGGGACGGAGAAAUGCCCUGCAACACCAAGACCACCGCAGCACCAGCAUCACUCACCACAUGUAUUCCCCUCGCCCCCCAAGCAUUACAGAGAAUGUCAUGAUGGAGUCCAUGGGUAUGGAGCCCCAGCUACCCCCAUUGGAUGUCAGGGACCGCUCCAUGACGGUCCCACCUGGUGAACGGCCCUUCAUGGGGUACCAGCAGCAGACGCUUGGAGGCGGCGGACCGCUUUCAAAUCAACUAUCUCCGAGCCAUGACCCCCUGGGCUGCCCAGACCAAAGUUACUUGAAAGGGAAUUACCAGAACCAAGGAGGGGAAGUCGCUCACAGGGUUGGUGGAAAUCCAAUGGGUCAAUCAAGGCCUGUUCACCAAGAGGGUAUGUCCAAUACACUUCUUCAACAGACCGAGUACAGUAUGAGCAACUGUCAGCUCAGCCCGUCCGGCCACCAUUACCCGACUUUGGGGCAGGGAGGCGAGGCCAGAACUGGUCAAUGGCGUGAUGGUCACAACCAGAUCCAAAAUUCUCUCCAGGACCAACGCAGCUUGCAAUAUUCAGAAACAAGCAUGCAGCCUCAACAGACACAAGUCCACUUCAACAAUCAGACAGCCCUUUACAACAAUCCAGAUGGAGUCCAGAAACUCACCAUUAAGCCUGAGCAGCAGUUCCACCCCGGCAUGGGAGGUGCUGAUGCCUGUCAAAGUGCUAAACUUCACCAGCAGCAGCAGCUCCUACUCCAUCAGGUCCAGGGUUAUGCCCCACAGACGGGCAGUCGAGGUAUGGUGAGGAACUCAAACAGCAUAAGCUGUGAUUUUCAAGGCCAGAACUCCUUCGCCAAUGGUUUGGGAUCCGCUGGUACUGCUCUUUCUGAGGGCCAGAGGCCUGAAACCCCCAUGAUGCAGGUAAAGGAGAUGUUGGUGAGGAACUAUGUGCAGUCCCAACAAGCGCUUCUGUGGGAGCAACAACAAGAACAGCAGCAGAGUCCAAUAAAACCACCUCCACUUUCAGAUAACAUGGAUCUAGCUGGCCAGGCGUCGAUGAUGCAGCACAGUCCUCGGCACCAAAACCACAAUAUGUACUCAAACCAGUCAUACGCUUCCUACCCCAACCAGAACCUUGUCAUGAGCCCUCCGACACACAGCCGGGGUUCCGGCUCGGCCGCACCUAAGGAGCAGCAGAUGGUGGGUCUCCAAAGUUCUUGUUACGGUCAGGAGAUGUCGGUCCCGAGGCCUCCUCCUCAAGGACGGAAAGCUUUGAGUCGCCAGAACAGCUUGUCACAAGUCGCUGGCGGCUACAUGGGAAGUCCACAGCAGCUCAGCCCCGCCCACUCCACCCCCAGCCCGAGAAGAGCCGUCCGGCUUCCUCCGGUCCAGCACCCGCAGCAAGCACAGCAUGACAUGUUCUCCCCGUCCAAUAAUAACGUUUACUACUCGGGUAAUAUCCAUUUGGACCUGGAGAAGCACAUGGAGACCCAGAAUGGGCAUCGUCUCCCACAGCAACACAGCCUGGGAGCCAACUUAGACCCAACACCCGGUACAAAAUCCACCCCCAUGGCGACCUAUUCUGAUUCCGGCCCCAUCCCCAACGCCCUAGAAAACCUGGACCUGGACAACGCUCGCAUCGACUUCACCUCGAUCAUUGACGACGCGGAACCCCCUUCCUUUAGUCCGCUCAACCAUCCAUGCCAGGGUCAGCCGGGGUCUUCCUCGCAGACGUCUUCCCGUCUCACCACGCCGCAGACCUCCGUCACCCUGUCCAACAUGGCGGUGGGCGACAUGACGUCCAUGCUCACCUCGCUGGCUGGAGAGAAUAAGUACUUGAACACUUUGUCGUAGAACACGGACACCAGGACAACAAUCGAAGAACUCGAGGCCCAAUAGAGCCGGCUCGCCAGCAGAUCCUAGUCCAGUUCGGGGGGGGGAAAAAUACUUUUUGUCUUAUUCACCAAGGACAAGGCCUUAAGUCAUAAAAGGAAGGACAUAGGACUGACAAAGAUUGUUUUACUAUUUGAUACCUUCGCUACACGGACUGAAAUAUGUAAUAAUACGCUGUCAAAACUUUAAAACCAAAGGUGCCUAUUUUCCUCCCUUUCUAUGAAAGUAUGUCCGAGCCAUUUUGAAUUUCUCGCCGUUACAAUUGGAAUUUCUCUGAAUUGCAAUUUUCAUUUUUGAGAUUGAAUUUUAAUAUAGAAUUUCUAAAUAAAAAACAUUUCAAUCAGGGCAAGCAUAAAGAAAUUCAACAUCUUAAGAUCGUUGCUGAAAUUUUUUUGAGAUGUUGAAUUUUUUUUUUUUUUUUUAACAAUCAGAAAAUAUGUACGAAAAAAAUUCAGCACCUGAAUUUAAUUUCAAAUCCAGAAAUUUAAAAAUCAGCUGGCACAUACUGUAUAUAUUUUUCCCCGUUCCUUUCUCCCUUUCGGCAUUGGAAAUAGAGCCGUUUGCUCCCCCCCCCCUUAAAAAAAUGGUUCAUUCCAACGGCAACUAGAAGGAUGCGAUGUACAUAAUUUAUACAUACAUUUAUGCUGUAAUAUGUUGUGUAUACGGCAAUAAGACGGCGGGCAAAUCUUUUGUCUCAUGAGAACGUAUUUUUUGUCAAUCAGCGUUUACGUGGGUGUUAAUAUUUUAAGGUUUAGCGGUCAAGGGGGGGGGGGGAGAGAGAGAUAACAAAUGUGUACUAUUAAUUUUAGUCGCCUGUACAAGUGGCCCAGCAGUAUUUCCUCACAGCGUAUUGUACACACAUUGCCGAUCACUCAGGUUGCCGUUUUCCAAUUCGGCGGAAUUCCCGUUCCCGAAAACAGAGUUUGCACUCCGCUCGUUGACUUUUGAGCGGUCCGAGAGCAGCUGCGUCGCAACAACCGGUUCCCUUUCUCCGCUCCAUUUUGCUUUUUGGCAAAAGUACAAUUGAUUGUCAUGGCCUGAAAUAUGUAUUUUUAAUUGGACAGGAGGAAGGCUCUGCGAUUGCCGUGGACUCCCUAGCAGAGGUCGGCGUACGUGAAGAGUUUGGUCAUCUUUCUUCUGGCAGCAAUUGACACUUGGUUGCAGGCAAAUCAGGCCUCACGUUGAAGGAAAACGGAUCCACGUCCCGAAAAACAAACACUGUAUGGUACAUGACAUCGCAGGCGGCAUGGUGAACUAGCGGUUAGCACAUCUGCCACAAACUUCUGAAGUUCAGGGUUCGAAUCUUGUUUGUUUGUACCGGUACUCCCUGUGCUCCCUGUGCUCCUGCCUCCUUUCUCCAGCUACUCCGGCUUCUUUCCACAUUGCAAAAAGACGGAUUUUAGAGGGCGGCACGGUGGGCUCAGCCGGAAAGCGUUGGCCUCACAGUUCUGAGCUCCCGGGUUCGAUCCCGGACCCGCCCGUGUGGCGUUUGCAUGUUCUCCUCAUGCCCGCGUGGGUUUUCUCCAUGCACUCCAGUUUUCUGCCAGAUUCCAAAAACAUGCAACAUUAAUUGGACCACUCUAAAUUGCCCCGAGGUGUGAUUGUGAGUGCGACUCUUGUUUGUCCCAAUGUUCCCUGCGAUUGGGUGGCGACCGGUUCAGGGUGUACCCCGCCUACUGCCCGUUGACAGCUGGGAUAGGCUCCAGCACUUUCCGCGACGCUUGUGAGGAUAAGUGGCUAAGAAAAUGGAUGGAUGGGUGGAUUUUAGGUGAAUUGAAGAUUCUAAAUUGUCUAUAGAUCCACCCAUCCAUCCAUCCAUUUUCUUUGCCACUUUUUUUGUUGGACUUGAAUGUUUACCAGCAAUGUGGUUAAAUUGGUUCAAAAGUCUCGUUGAAAUUUUUUUUUAAAUAUAUAUGAAUAUAUAUACACAUCCAUCCAUUUUCUUAGCCGCUUAUCCUCACGACGGUCGCGGGGAGUGCUGGAGUCUAUCCCAGCUGUCAACGGUUCAGGAGGCAGGGUACACCCCGAACUGGUUGCCAGCCAAUCGCAGGGCACAUCAAGACAAACGCCCGCACUCACAAUCACACCUAGGGUCAAUUUAGAGUGUCCGAUUUUGCACGUUUUGGGGAUGUGGGAGGAAACCGGAGUGCCCACCCACUAGAAAACCCACUCAGGUUCGGGGAGGACAUGCAAACUCCACACAUGCGGAGCCGGGAUCGAACCGAGGUCCUCAGAACAGUGAGGCCAACGCUUUACCAGCUGAUCCACCGUGCCGCCUUGUCUAUAGAUAUGCGUGGGAAUUUUGCGAUUGGCCGGGUGGACCACGUUUGCCUCGCCAAAAGUCAGCCGGGAUAGGCUCCGGUUUACCAGCAGUAUCGAAAGCGGAUGGCUAGACGGACACUAAAACCGUAACGAAAGCUCGUUGCCACUAAGGAAACGGAACACUCGCACUGGGGAUUCGCACCGACCGCAGACUGUUUUGCGUUAGCGUCACUGCAACAACAUGAAAUACGCAGAAAAACGAGCGAGCUACCAAAGACACGCUUAACCCCUGGAAGUACGCGUCACUUAAAACACUAACCAAUAAUAAAGCAUGAACCCAUCAUGCUUUUUAUUAGAAUGUACAAGAUGUUUUUAAUUUUUUUUUUUUUAAUGAACUAAUUUUAUGGAUGCUGCCUUUGAUGUGUUUUUUUUUUUGUUUUCAUCUUUUCUUUGGGACUUAUUUGCUGGCAAAAGAAUUAUCACCUUUAGCAAACAUAAAAGCUAUGAGAGUACGUAGCCAUAACUAUAAUAGAUAAAAAAAAAGACAAGUGUUAUAUUUUCUGUAAAAUUUUUCUACACUUUUUUUUUUUUUAUACAAAUGUGCUAUAUUUUACCGGUAUGAAUA